AUGAAUGCAGGAGACAAAGGCCAGAUCCUGGAAGACAGUCGAAUUUGGCUGAAGAACAGCAUCCCGUGUAACGUCCUCUGUGCCAAAAUGGAAAGAGCAACCAUGAAGCCAGCUCAGUCCCUGGUUUCGUUUGAGGACGUAGCGGUACAUUUUACGCUGGAGGAAUGGGCUUUGCUGAAUCCUGAUCAAAGGGCUCUGUACAAGGAUGUCAUGCUGGAGAAUUAUGAGAAUGUGACCUCUCUAGGAUUUCCCAAACCUGACUAUCUCUCUUACCUGGAAGAAGGUGAAGAUCUAUUUGCCUUGGAUUCAGAGGAAGAGGAGAGAUCAGCAGCAGGUGAUUGGGAUCAUGUUGAAUAUUACAGGGAGCUCUCUGGGAUGUCACUGGAAACAACCAUCCAUGGAACAGAGGAAGAGGCCUUUGGGGCUCAAGAGGAAUCAAGGAGGAAGAGGGGGAGAGAUGAAUCCGUAGUUGGACAGAGUGGUGAGAUCCAUGAAAUACCAAUCGAACAAGAGCGUCAUAAAGGAAAGAGAGGGAAUAAUUGCUCUUUGGCUGAGGAAACAUUCCACUGUGAAUCCAUCCUUCAUCCCCCUUGCAAAAGCCAAGGAGGAGAGAAAGCAUUCAAGUGCUGGGAGUGUGGAAAGAACUUUGCUAACAGUCUCAGCCUUAAGGUGCAUCAGAGAUCCCACAUAGCAGAGAAGCUCUAUAAAUGCUCAGGCUGUAGCAACAGUUUUUCUAACCAGUUGAGUCUUACUGAGCAUCAGCAAAUUCACACAGGGGAGAAGCCACUUGAACCACUGGAAUGUGGAAAGCAUUCCAGUUACAGGGAAAAGCUUGCCAAAUAUCAAUUCAUUCACUCAACCCAGAAACCAUAUAACGUUGAGGAAGAAGGAAAGUGCUUCAGACAGCACAAGCAACUUCCAUCACAACCAAGCAACUGCACAGGGGAAAAGCCAUAUAAAUGUAUGGAAUGUGGAAAGGACUUCAGAUGCCGCAGUUCACUGACUCUACAUGGAAGAAUUCACACAGGAGAGAAACCGUAUAAAUGCCUGGAGUGCGGAAAGAGUUUUAGAAACCGCGGUGGCCUUUCUUCUCAUCAGAGAAUCCACACAGGGGAAAAAAGAUACAAAUGCUCAGUGUGUGAUAAGAGCUUCCGAUGGAGCACAGUUCUCUCUUGUCAUCAAAGAAUCCACACAGGAGAGAAACCGUAUAAAUGCCUGAAGUGCGGAAAGAGUUUUAGUUACAGCACUGGCCUUGCUUCUCAUCAGAGAAUCCACACAGAGGAAAAAAGAUACAAAUGCUCAGUGUGUGAGAAGAGCUUCCGAUGGAGCACAUCUUUCACUUCCCAUCAAAGAAUGCACACACAGGAGAAACCAUAUAAAUGUGCUGAGUGUAGAAAGUGCUUCAGCCAGAGAUCACAUCUCAAUACACAUCAAAGGAUCCACACAGGGGAGAAACCAUAUGUAUGCACAGAGUGUGGAAAGAGCUUCACAUUGGGCCAGUCCUUAACCAGCCAUCACAGAAUACACACUGGGGAGAAGCCACACAAGUGCUCAGAGUGUGGAAGGACCUUCAGCCACAGCAUGAGUCUAAAGGCACAUGAAAGAACCCACACAGGAGAGAAGCCGUAUAAAUGCCUAGAGUGUGGAAAGAGCUUCAGGCAGGCCUCACACCUUCGUCUACACCGAAGAAUUCACACAGGGGAGAAGCCUUAUACCUGCUUGGAAUGUGGGAAGAGAUUCCGUGUGAGGUCAAGCCUUACAAGUCAUCAAAGAACCCAUAUAAGAGGGAAACCCUAUCAGUGCUUGGAGUGUCUAAAAUGUUUCCGUAAUCGUGGAUAUCUUGUUGUACAUCAGAAAGUCCACAUUGGGGAGAAAUCGCUGAAGAACAGCAUCCCGUGUCACGUCCUCUGUGGGGAAAUGGAAAGAACAACUACGAAGCCAGCUCAGUCCCUGGUUUCCUUUGAGGACAUAGUGGUGCAUUUUACAAUGGAGGAAUGGGCUUUGCUGAAUCCCGAUCAGAGGGCUCUGUACAAGGACGUCAUGCUGGAGAAUUACGAGAAUGUGACCUGUCUAGGUAAAGUUCUUUUUGCCUUCAGUUGA